GGGCUUCCUGCGCGCUCGCCGCUGGCUUUUUCCACUCCCAGCCCCUCAACCUGGGCUCACCGCCCGCAGGCUCAGGGCUCCGUCAGUGUCGGCUUCCUGUGAAUCCACCUUUCUGGGAGCAGCAUUAAGCAAAUGUGGUAGAUGGGAAGGGAAGUGGUGGGGAGGCAGGUUUUGGGGGAGUGAGCCCAGAAAAGCAGGAAUGAGGAAGUCGGGAGAGGAGUCAAGGUAGGAGGGAAAGCCACGAAUGGGAUGUGGCUGAGCUGUCUACAGCCCACAGGGGCGUCUGGACCUCAGUUUCUCUGUAACAGGCGUAAUGGCAUGGAAAACGGAAACACUGUCUUCUGUCUCUCUAAACCUCCCCCACUCCUUCUGGGAACUAAAACCUGCAGGCCAGUAGUCCGGAGGGGCAAGGGAAUGUCCUUUGUUCUUUGUAACACAAGAGUUGGCUCAAGGGAAUUGUCCUGGGAGGUCACAAGAUUAUUUUAGCCAAAGAUUGGGACAAAUCAGAACCAUCCACUAUAGUUAAACAGCAAUAACCUGAAGCUGAAACCCUCCCCUUUGAAAGCUCUAAAUUUCUCCUAAGAGGCAGGGCGUUGGUACUUUAAGACCUGAAUCUGCCAACCUCCUCACUGGCCAGCAAAUUAAUAAACAUCUCUUUCCUUCUCCUCAAACUUCUUAUGUGGCCUCGGGGACAAGUGCCAGCCUUUCAGGAAGCCCUCCAGGGACCCUCUGAGGAACAUGGUAGAAUGGGCCUCAGGACAACCACUGGGCAUUUUUCCAUGACUCCUUCCUCCACUGAGUGACAUCAACUCACUGCCAUUUCAGGGCUGUCCUGUGCACCUGCAGAGAGGAGAAGGCAUCAAAGUGCACAGGAAGUACCCCACAGUGGGCUCCUCACAGGGCACCCAGAGUAUCUGCUACACUGCCCUUGUCACUUGAGCAGCAAAGGAACAGACAUUAGUGUUAACCAGUGCUCACUGUGUGUGCUGACUUUGCACAAGCAGCUGACAGAACCAUGGAGACGACCCCGGAUGCUGCUUUCAAGUCUCUCAUGGAUGGAGUGACAAGCUGGGAUGUCCCCACAGACCCCAUUCCCAGCGAACUCCUUCUUAUUGGAGAGGCCGCCUUCCCAGUGAUGGUGAAUGACAAAGGCCAGGUGCUCAUUGCUGCCUCCUCCUAUGGCCGAGGCCGCCUGGUGGUCGUGUCCCAUGAGGGCUACCUGCUGCAUGCUGGCCUGGCUCCAUUUCUUCUCAAUGCAGUGGGCUGGCUCCGCCCAUCUCCUGGGGCUCCCGUUGGAGUGCACCCAUUCCUGGGGCCACUAGCAAACAUCCUGCAGGACUCCGGGGUUGAGGCCCAGGUCGGGCCAGAACCGGGAGAGCCCCUGGGGGUUUACUGCACCAGUGCCUACGAUGACACCAUGACUGCGAAGCUGAUCCAGUUUGUGAAACACGGAGGGGGCUUGCUCAUCGGGGGCCAAGCCUGGUAUUGGGCCAGCCAGCACGGCCAUGACAAGGUGCUGUCCAUGUUCCCUGGGAACCAGGUGACAAGUGUGGCUGGAGUGUAUUUCACAGACAUCUAUGGAGACAAAGGCCGGUUCAAGGUCUCUAAGAAAGUGCCCAAGAUCCCACUCCAUGUCACGUGUGGGGAGGACCUCAGGCAGGACCAGCAGCAGCUCCUGGAAGGCAUCUCGGAGCUGGACAUCGGGACAGGGGGCAUCCCCUCGCAACUGCUGGUGCACGGGGCCCUGGCCUUCCCCCUGGGGCUCGAUGCCUCCCUCUGCUGCUUCCUGGCAGCUGCCCGCUAUGGCCGGGGCCGGGUGGUCCUGGCAGCCCACGAGAACAUGCUCUGUGCCCCCAAGAUGGGGCCCUUUUUGCUCAAUGCUGUGCGCUGGCUGGCCGGAAGCCAGACAGGCAAAGUCGGGGUGAACCCAGGUCUGGAAAACCUGUGUUCCCUACUGUCGGAGCAUGGCCUGCAGUGCAGCCUGGAGCCUCGUCUGACCAGCGACGACUGUGUCUACUGCUGCAAGGUUUACAGCGACAAGGAGGCUAAGGAGCUGCAGGAGUUUGUGGCCGAGGGUGGGGGGCUGCUGACUGGGGGCCAGGCCUGGUGGUGGGCCUCCCAGAACCCGGGCCGCUCUGCCUUGGCUGAUUUCCCCGGUAACAUCAUCCUCAACCGCCUUGGCCUCAGCAUCCUGCCUCGGACCCUCCGCCCAGGCUGUUUCCCCGUCCCCACCCCUGAGAUGCGGAGCUACCACUUCCGCAAGGCGCUGUCUGAAUUCCAGGCUACACUGAACCACGGGAACGGGAACCUGGAAAAGAGCUGUCUGGCACGGUUGGGAGUGGAUGGUGCAGGCUUCCUACAGAUUCCUGCAGAGGGGGUCCCUGCCUAUGUGUCCUUGCACCGGCUUCUGAGGAAGAUGCUGCGGCAGUCAGGCCUCCCGGCUGUGAGCCAGGCGAACCCAGUGGCCAGGGACUCCCGUGAGGCCACGGUGCUCUGCCUGGCCACGGAGCUGGCGCACUCUGGGACUGACUGCUCCCAGCUGGCCCAGGGCCUUGGCGCCUGGACCUGCCCCUCCAGCGUGUACCCCUUGGAACACCCCAUCACCGUGGAGAUCGAUGCAACCAACCCAGGUCGCCAUGACUCCUGGGUGAGUACCAGGCUCUACCUCCUGGAAGGACAAAAUGCAGAAGUGUCGCUGUCUGAAGCUGCUGCCUCUGCCGGCCUGAAGGUGCAGAUUGGCUGCCACACCGAUGACCUGACCAAGGCCCGCAAGCUCUGUCGGGCCCCCGUGGUGACACGCCAGUGCUGUAUGGACAGGACCAAGCGGUCAGUCUCCUGCCUCUGGGGUGGCCUCCUCUACGUCAUCGUGCCCCAGGGCAGUCACCUCGGCCCUGUGUCUGUCACCUUCACGAGGGCUGUGCCUGCCCCAUACUACAAGCUGGGGGAGACAUCCCUGGAGGAGUGGAGAAGCUGCCUCCAGGGGAACCCGGCGCCCUGGGGAGAGCUGGCCACGGACAACAUCAUCCUGACGGUGCCGACCGCAAGCCUCCAGGCCCUGGCAGACCCCGAGCCUGCGCUGCGCCUCUGGGACGAGAUGAUGCAGGCCGUGGCCAGGCUGGCAGCCCGGCCCUUCCCUUUCCUCCGGCCCGAGAGGAUCGUGGCUGACGUGCAGAUCUCAGCGGGCUGGAUGCACUCGGGGUACCCCAUCAUGUGCCAUCUGGAGUCGGUGCAGGAGCUCAUCAGUGAGGCUGACAUGAGGAGCAGAGGGCUGUGGGGCCCUAUCCACGAGCUGGGCCACAACCAGCAGCAGCAGGGCUGGGAGUUCCCCCCGCACACCACCGAGGCCACCUGCAACCUGUGGUCAGUCUAUGUGCACGAGACGGUGCUGGGCAUCCCUAGGGCCCAGGCCCACCCUGCUCUGAGCCCUCCAGAAAGAGAGAAGAGAAUCAAAGCCCAUCUGGAAAAAGGAGCCCCCCUGUGUGACUGGAAUGUGUGGACAGCUCUGGAAACGUAUCUACAGCUCCAGGAGGCCUUCGGGUGGGAGCCGUUCACCCAGCUCUUUGCCGAGUACCAGACGCUGUCUGGCGUCCCCAAAGACAAGGCUGGCAAGAUGAAUCUGUGGGUGAAGAAGUUCUCUGAAAAAGUGCAGAAGAACCUGGCUCCUUUCUUUGAGGCCUGGGGCUGGCCCGUCCGGAAGGAAGUGGCCGACAGCCUGGGCUGCCUGCCCGCGUGGCAGGAGCACCCGCUGAGAGCGCACCUGCGCGCCGAGCGCUGAAGAACGCCCGCCAGGGGGCGCGCGGGGGCAGCAUCGCGCCCCAGCCCCAUCGCCUGGCCUGGGGCGCUCGCUGCCCUGCGGGGACCCUGAAUCUCGCGUCCCAGUCUGUCUGCAGGACUGCAUGACAUGAGACAAAAUCGGAACCGGCUUUCUCAGGAACGUGCCCUUGUGCUGCUGAUUGUUUCUCCGCUUACACUGUUGCUCUCACGGCCGUACCCCCCUGGGCCAGCGUCGUCCUCAUCUUGCCAUCCUGAGGCUGCUGCGUUUGACCAAGGGUUCUGAAGACCACAGUUCCCAUAAUAGCCUCCUGCUUGGCACCCUUGAAAACAAGGCUUCUGGUUUCUUCUGCUUUGAGAAGUUUUCUAAUAGCAAGAGAGACGACGGGCUGGGGUGGUGCAGAGGGCCCUGGACCAGCUUUGUUCUGCAGGAAAUCACUUAACCUCUCUGUUUCUGUCUUCUCACUCAUGACACGGGGACUCAAAUCCCUUGCUCUCAGGGCUGUUGUUUCCUGAUGGAGAAGUCUGUGCACCACAACUUGUCUGAGAGCCUUCUGGGCCCACAGUGGCCUUGGUGGUGCACUUCCUGAGCACCCAGCCUCACUUCCCUGUUGGCCCCCUUGCGGCCAGCUUCCAGUCCUUGCAUCAUGCUGUUUGGAGAAUGUCCAUGUUGUUCCCAGAUGUAGUAUCAGUGAGGAGAGUUGUCCUCAGCGUCCCAGCCCAUCCUGCAUUUUUUCUCCCACCUCCAGAAGUAUCCUCAGUACAACCUAACCCAAAGAAAAAUGGCGUGCACGCAAACUGAGUGUUACAGAGCGGUUGGAGUUUGCUCUUUGAGGUUAGUUCCAUCCUCUGGAACUUUUGUUUCAACCAAAGAGUAGAGUCACCUUAGCAACGGCUACCAAGUCUAUAAGCCUUUUUGUUCUUAGCACAAAACAGGCGUCUGACUCCUCUAGUCCCUGUGGAGCAGGCACUGUCAGUUGUGAGAGGGACAGGAACUUGGUGGGCUUCACUCUGGAAUAGGGUUCCUGGGUGCAGCAGACCAAAUCUUCCCUAAUUAGCCCACAACCCAGCAUCCCCUGAGCUGUUUCAUACUUUCAUUCUAACCCAUCCUGACACUCCCGGGUUAGGUGAAGUCCUAAUUGAAGGUUCGUGGCCAGGAUUAAUAGGGUGUAUGCCUCGCCACUUUUCUCUAGCUUACUUUUUGCACCAUAUUUUUGCUCGUUUGGAAAAUCAUUCCAUAAGCUUUGUUUGGGUUACAGCGGCCCCUCAUGAGAAAAACUAACUAAGGGGAUGUCUUUUUCUGAAUCCCGCCAGCACAUCUCUCUCAAUUCUAGGAUAAUUUCUUUUCAUUUCACUAGUUUUGUUUGGUGCUUUGCACAUGAAAGGUGUUCAAGAAAGGUUUUUUUAAAUGAAAGAACAGUAAUGACACCUAACGCAUAAUGAGCGGACAAUGUGUCCCAGGCAUUGUGUGCGAUAUUUUCUGUGAGUUACGUCCUGUAAUCUUCCUAGCAGACCUCAGAGUGCCUCAGUGUAAAUUAGCAGAAGCCUCUCUUGCUGCACUGACUUUAAUCACUCCAAGUCACUUUUGAUUUAACACACUAGUGGUUGGCCUUAGGAAAGGGGCAGGGCUUCUCUAUAUUAAUUUGGAAUGGUGUAUAGUGUUUUAAAGGUUUCCUUCUCAUUCUUCAGAUCUUAACCUAAAGAUCAUUUCCUCAGGCCAUGUCCCCACUCCCCUGCUUCCAUAAAGCCUGUGAUUUCCCUUCUAUAUCAGUCAUCACAUUUGCAAUUACUUGUUUAGUGUCUCUCUUUCCCACUGCAUGGAAACUGCACAGGGCAGAGACCAUUCCUGUCUUAUCCAAAGCCCCUGAGUUAUGACAGGGUCCCCAGCCUCAAAGUGAUUAAGGCUAAUAAGAGCUCUGCCAGAAAAUUCAAAAAGUAUAUUAGAAAACACAAUAAAAAGCAAUUCAUCAAGGAGUUCCAUCCAUACCCAGGUAGAUAAUCAUCUCACCAAGUGGAAGCCACGAUCAGGGAAUUCUGUCCCUACUCUUAAAACUAUAGUCUCUCACCUCACAGGGCUUUACUUCUUUGGAGAAUUUCUCUGUUCUCAAACUUUUUCUCAAGGCAUGAUUUACAGAAGGUGCUUCUCUGGCCUUGCUUUGCAACUUUCAUCUAACUUCAUAGCAACAAAUGCAGCAUCUAUGUCUCGCCCAGAGAUCUUGAAAGGCUGCAGAAUCAAAUACAUAGGUACACAGGAAACUUCUGCACCACCUCCAGUGAUCUGGCCCUGAGAUCCAGCCCCGGCACAUGGACAACUGGAAUAUCAUAUCCAAACUGGUGUAGAGAAAACCAACUUGAAAACAACUAGUCAACUACAGGCAUACCUCGUUUUACCACACUUCAACUUUAUUGUGCUUUGCAGAUACUGCAUUUCUUACAAAUUGAAGAUUUGUGGCAAUCUUGAGUAGAGAAAAUCUACUGAUGCAAUAUUUCCAAUAACGUGCUCACUCUGUGUCUCUAUGUCACAUGUUCGUAAUUUCUCAAUAUUUCAAACUUUUUCUUUAUUAUUAUAUCUAUUGCAGUCAUCUGUGAUCAGUGAUCUUUGAUGUUACUAUUGUAAUUGUUUGGGGGUGCCAUAAACCAUGCCCGUAUAAGACAGCAAACUUAAUAAGUGUUGUGUGUGUUCUGAUUAUUA